AACUGCUAGUCAGUAUAUGUUAGGCCAAUAUGAUCAUUAAGAAAGUUCAACGAAUCAGUCAAAUUCACUCGCACACGGCGCCAUCACGCGUCUUCAUCCUUCUUCCUUCCGUCUCCUUUAUAGAUCCGAAUUUCGCCCAAAAGUCCUUACUGUUGACGCACGCUUAAUUUCUGAUUCUUCCGAAUAUCGCUCUGCAUACGUAGCAUAAUUCAUAUACUUUUCUUUCUCAGUUGGAGUUAAUGGCAGAUUCUGAGUCCGAGAACAAUAACAUCCAUAGAGACUUUUAUAUUCCUACUUAUAUACUUGCACCGAAUGCUUCUAGCAACAGUUUACGUUUACCUGAUGUACCUACAUGCCCUGUGCUAGUGUUCGUCAACUCUAAAAGUGGAGGUCAACUUGGAGGAGAACUUCUUCGAACAUUUCGCCAUCUUCUUAACAAAUAUCAGGUUUUUGAUUUGGGAGAAGAAGCUCCUGAUAGUGUUUUACGUAGACUGUAUUUGAAUAUAGAAAGGCUCAAGGGUAAUGGUGAUCAAUUUGCUGGCGAAAUUGAAGAGAGAAUGAGAAUUAUUGUUGCAGGUGGAGAUGGCACGGCUGGCUGGCUUCUCGGAGUUGUAUCUGAUCUCAAACUAUCUCAGCCACCUCCAAUUGCAACAGUACCUUUGGGAACUGGAAACAACCUUCCAUUUGCUUUUGGCUGGGGAAAGAAGAAUCCAGGGACCGACCUUAGCUCCGUCAUCUCUUUUUUGAAGCAAGUAAUGAAUGCAAAGGAAAUGAAGAUGGACAGUUGGCACAUUCUUAUGAGAAUGAGGGCACCAAAAGUUGGUUCUUGUGAUCCUGUUGCACCGCUAGAAUUGCCUCAUUCUUUGCAUGCCUUUCACCGGGUUUCUCCAUCUGAUGAACUGAACAUGGAAGGUUUCCAUACAUUCCGUGGAGGUUUCUGGAAUUACUUCAGCAUGGGGAUGGAUGCACAAGUAUCUUAUGCAUUUCACUCAGAGAGGAAAAUGAAUCCUGACAAAUUCAAAAACCAACUUGUCAAUCAGAGUUCAUAUUUAAAGCUAGGAUGUACACAGGGAUGGUUUUUUGCCCCUCUCGUUCGUCCUUCUUCGAAGAACAUAGCUCAACUGACUAAGGUUAAGAUAAUGAAAAAGCAGGGUGAAUGGCAAGACCUUCACAUCCCACCCAGUGUCAGGUCAAUUGUUUGCCUCAACUUGCCUAGCUUUUCCGGUGGACUGAAUCCCUGGGGAACACCCAAUAGCAACAAACGUCGAUAUAGAGACUUGACUCCUCCAUUUGUAGAUGAUGGCCUUCUUGAAGUAGUUGGAUUCAGAGACGCUUGGCACGGAUUGGUCCUCCUUGCUCCAAAAGGACACGGGACACGUCUUGCCCAGGCGCAUGGAAUCCGGUUUGAGUUUCACAAAGGUACAGCUGAUCAUACAUUCAUGAGGAUUGAUGGGGAACCCUGGAAGCAGCCCCUACCUGAAAAUGAUGACACCGUUGUGGUAGAGAUUUCUCAUCUAGGCCAAGUUAAGAUGCUUGCUACCCAUGACUGCAGAGCCAAAAGUAUAUAUGAUCCCUCAAGUCAAUUCAGUCAUGACGCUGAUGAGGCUGAUAGUGAUGAAGAAAAUUCGGUCAAUGAAGAACGGAGGAAAUUUGGGGCAGCAGACACUUUCAAAAUUCCAGAUGAGGUUAAGAAACAAAAUAGGUCUCAUGGGAGGAAGCCUAGACUAUGGGCGCUAUUAAGGAAUUUGCUCGCUUUUCGUUUAGAGAGACAUUGAAUUUCAUCCUAAUUGAGUAUAAUGUUGUAUAUGAGAAGAAUGAUUUGAACUUUUUCUUUGUUCCCUUGUUUCCCUCUUUUGUGAUGGAUGUAACUGUUUGUGAAGAUCAUCAUUUAGCAAUCACACCUUUGUUGAUUCAUCAGUGCAAUCAAGAAAUGCUAGCAUUGGUCGAUGAUUUAAAGUGACAGAGAGAGAUAGUAGAACUCCUGAUAUUUCUGGUACAAUUACAUAGCUAUCAUGGACAGGUUAAAUGCAUUCAAGAAACUGGCUCAGACAAUAACACAAAGAGUUCCUUUGGCCAUUAA